AUGCUGUCUGUUGGAUUCCACCAUGUCAGAGCUUUCCGUCCUCUGGGCGUAUCCAAGCCUCGAUAUACUUCACUGCAAAUUCGUCUGAAUUCUACUUUGCUAGAUGGUCCUCCAGUCACCGAAACAAAUCGUGCUGAGGCCACCAUGAAACGGUUCUGGAAGACAGUUGGGAUAGAGGACCGGAAAGAAGGAAUAGCAAUUACUUUAGACAAACGUGCCCUCAAAACUCCUUCAGGCCAUACACUAUUACUUCCCUAUAACAAGCGUCUGGUGGCCACACUCAUAGCAACGGAAUGGGAGAAUCAAAAGAUUGUCUUGAAACCCCAUGCGUUACCUAUGACAUCUUUAGCGUCAAGAGCAAUAGACAAUUUUGCGGACUCGGAGUCACGGAAGAACGUCCGACAAUCGCUGAUACAAUACUUAGACACUGAUACUAUAUGUUUUUAUCAAGACUAUCCUCCACCUCUUAUACGACAACAAGAAACACACUGGGAUCCUCUGUUUGCAUGGGUUGAAGAAAGAUUCGGCGCCAAGCUCGUAAAAUUCACGUCGAUCCUCUCUAAUUCCCAGUCAGAGCAGAGCAAGAAACAGCUGUCGCUUGUUAUAGACGACUUUAACCAAUGGGAAAUGGCUGCUUUGGAGCGCGCUAUACAUGCCACAAAAUCAUUUGUCAUCGCUCUAGCUUUGGUCAAGCGUCGAUUGAAUGUUGAUCAAGCAUCUGACGCUGCCGGGGUUGAGGUCAACAGCCAGAUAGAGCGCUGGGGAGAAGUCGAAGACACGCACGAUGUAGACUUCCACGAUAUCCGCAGACAGUUGGGUAGUGCUGCUUCUCUUUUGUCGGCUGCUUAG